ACCACUCCGCUGCCUCGAAGCCUAUGAUAAAGUGAGAGAGGCCAAAACAAAAUCAUCACCACAUUGCCUCUUUAUCUCUCUACAUAUCUAUCCUUAAGCGGUAUAAAUUCAAGCCCAAAUGCCUUAACUUCCCUAGUGAGCUCCAAACAUCAAGUACCAUCUCCUUACGUCUGACACUCCUUCAACAAGAAACAGAGAUAGUGGGAGUUGGCAAGAAGGAAAAGAUGGGAUCGACGCCGAACGGGAAUGACGAUAAGGUGGUGGAAACUGUGAUGGUUGGAAGGUACGUGGAGAUGGAGCACGAUGGGGAAGAGAAGACCAUCAAGUCCAGGCUUUCCGGCCUCCUCUGGCACGGUGGUUCCGCCUAUGAUGCCUGGUUCAGUUGUGCCUCGAACCAGGUGGCUCAGGUGCUGCUUACACUGCCUUACUCCUUCUCGCAGCUGGGGAUGUUGAGCGGAAUCUUAUUCCAGCUAUUCUAUGGCUUGUUGGGGAGCUGGACAGCUUAUCUCAUCAGUAUUCUCUAUGUGGAGUACAGAACCAGGAAGGAGAGGGAGAAGGUCGACUUUAGGAACCAUGUCAUUCAGUGGUUUGAGGUUCUAGAUGGGCUACUUGGGAAGCACUGGAGGAAUGUUGGAUUGGCCUUUAACUGCACGUUUCUUCUCCUUGGAUCUGUCAUUCAGCUCAUUGCUUGUGCUAGCAACAUAUACUACAUCAACGACAAGUUGGAUAAGAGGACUUGGACUUAUAUUUUUGGAGCUUGCUGUGCCACCACAGUGUUCAUCCCCUCCUUCCACAACUACAGGAUAUGGUCCUUUCUGGGCCUGGUCAUGACCACCUACACCGCCUGGUACCUCGCCAUCGCUUCCCUCCUCCAUGGUCAGGUGGAAGGGGUGAAGCAUUCGGGGCCAACGAAGCUGGUUCUCUACUUUACAGGCUCCACAAACAUCCUCUACACAUUCGGUGGGCACGCUGUCACAGUGGAAAUCAUGCACGCCAUGUGGAAGCCGCAGAAGUUUAAGGCCAUCUACCUGCUGGCCACUUUGUACGUGCUGACGCUCACGCUGCCGUCGGCGGCGAGCGUGUACUGGGCCUUCGGCGACGCGCUGCUCAACCACUCGAACGCGUUCUCGCUUUUGCCCCGAACGGCGUUCCGUGACGCGGCGGUGGUGCUGAUGCUGAUCCAUCAGUUCAUCACCUUCGGGUUCGCGUGCACGCCGCUGUACUUCGUGUGGGAGAAGGCCAUCGGCCUCCACGACUGCCGCAGCUUGUGCAAGCGGGCGGCGGCGCGGCUGCCGGUGGUGAUCCCCAUAUGGUUCCUGGCUAUCAUCUUCCCCUUCUUUGGGCCCAUCAACUCGGCUGUGGGUUCGCUGCUCGUCAGCUUCACAGUCUACAUCAUCCCAUCGCUCGCUCACAUGUUCACCUUCCGAUCCGCCAUAGCCCGCGAGAGCGCAGUGGAGCGGCCGCCGAGGUUCGUCGGAGGGUGGAUCGGCGCUUACGUGAUGAACACGUUCGUGGUCGGGUGGGUGCUGGUGGUGGGGUUCGGGUUGGGGGGUUGGGCCAGCAUGACCAACUUCAUCCACCAGAUCAACACCUUCGGCCUUUUCGCCAAGUGCUAUCAGUGUCCACCACCCCCACCCCCACCUUUUCUUCCCAUGCCCUCCAUUACCCCGACACCAUAUCCUGGCAACUCUCACAAUGCCACCAAUCCGGCCAUUGUUCCCUCGCCUUCUCCUUCACCUUCCUUCUUCCUUCACCAUCGCCACCAUCACCACCACCACCACGGCGGGCGGUGAGCUCGUGCUUCUGCUCGUCAGUUCCUCUGAGAAGCUGUACCCGGUAAGCCGUCAAAACGCUGCCAGUGUGAGUUGAAGACAAAUGUACGAUAACAUGCGUGGGUUUUGAUGAGCAGCACUUUGCGGACGCUAAUUUGCUUUGUGGUAGAAAGGAGGCAGGCAAGAAAGGCCAUGUUUGUGGUAGCAAUGUUCCACUUAAACUAGCGAUUUCUUUCUUUGUUGAAGAGUGUCAUGAGAUUAUCCAACAUGAUCAGUGUCAGCUUCAGCUAGUUUUACUGUCGUUAUUGCCUGGGAACGAACAACGUUGCCAGUAUUA